UGUUAAUCUACACAGCACGCUGCUGCUCCGAGGGCUCCCUCCCUUCCACAGCGGGGCUGCGAGCGGGCGGAGCGCCGUGCGUGUGAGCUCCGUGUCGGAUGUCCGAUGAGUGGGGUGACGCGUGUUUACAUCCACACGGGCCACCGUCAUCCACACGGAGGAGGAGGAGGAGGAGGCGGCGGAGGGAGAAGAAACGAGUCCGCUCCCUGCGAUGCGCGGAUCGGGAUAAAAAAAGCAGGAUCCGGGCCGCGGACCAUGCACCGGGAGAGAGGGAGAGAGUGAGGCGGCAGAGUUUUCCAGAACAUGUCCUGAAAUCAUCUUUAACUGAGACUGGGCCCUCGAAUCAAUCCGGUCAUCUGUGUGAAGCGCGGACAAAGGCAGAGCUGCGUCGCCAUGGAUGGACAUUAAAUCAUCAUUAGCGCCCCGCAGUGGUGUGGAGGUAUGAGGGCCCCUGGAUGAAGGCCAUGGAGCUGAAAGUGUGGGUGGACGGCGUGCAGCGCAUCGUGUGCGGGGUCACAGAGUUCACCACAUGCCAGGAGGUGGUCAUCGCCCUGGCUCAAGCCAUCGGUCGCACCGGCAGAUACACUUUGAUCGAGAAGUGGCGGGAUACAGAGCGUCACCUGGCUCCAAAUGAAAACCCUGUGGUGUCCCUCAACAAGUGGGGUCAGUAUGCCAGCGACGUGCAGCUCAUCCUCCAGCGAACCGGCCCGUCCGUCAGCGAGCGGCCGGCCUCCGACGGGCAGGGUCGUGUCCCGGAGCGAGGCUUCUACCGGCAGAGCCUCCCGCCUCUGGCCAAGUUCCGGCCAUCGGGGUCGGACCACUCGAUCAAACGAAGGGAACCCAAACGCAAAUCCCUGACCUUCACUGGAGGGGCCAAGGGUCUGCGGGACAUAUUUGGGAGAAGCAGAGAUGCUGAAGCCAAACAGCCCCAGCAGCGCAGUGUGAGCCUGAGCCUGAGCAGAGUUGGAGGUGGUGGAGGAGCAUCUGUGCCUGGGAGUCCAGCCAGAGAGCUGAGCCGGCUGGUGCAGCUGCAGAGAGACAAACUCCAGGCCCUGGAGAGCCGUCUGCUGGGCUGCGAGGCCGAGCUGGGAGACUGGGAGGAGGCCGCCGGCGAGGCCAACGAAGGAGAAAAUCUGGAGGAGGCGCUGCUGCUUUUGGAGCAGCAGGUGAGGAGGAACGAUGCCGAGAUGAAGGAGGAGGAAUUCUGGGCGAACGAGCUGCAGAUCGAGCAGGAGAGCGAGCGGCAACUCCGGCAGCAACUGGGCGAGCUGCGGUGCCGCGUAAGCGACUGCGAGGCCCAGCUCUCAGAGUACAUAACGCGCAUACAGAGCAUGGACUCAGGCCUGGAGCAGGAGCGGCUGCAGCACGAGGCCGAGCUCAACCAGAAGGUCAACGAUGAGGAGGUGCGAGCUCAGCUGGAGAAGGUGAGGGCAGAGCUGGAGACGCAGAGCCAGCAAACGGCGCGGCUGGAGAGCAGCUGCCGGGCGUUGGAACGCUCACUUGGCCAGUCGGGAAAGAGAGUACAGGAGAAAGAGCAGGAGCUGGAACAGCUGACCAAAGAGCUGCGACAGGUCAACCUGCAGCAGUUCAUUCAGCAGACUGGUACCAAGGUCACUGUGCUGCCUGCUCAACCUGCAGGAGAGGACAACACCACCGAGGUGGAGUCCGGCUCCCUGAACAGACGCGGCUCGUCUCGUCUCUUACCCAGCGACCUCCGCACGCUGCAGAACACCAUCUCCACCAGCCUGAACCCCGAGGGGAUCUACGUGUGACCCAGGGGACCAUCGCACUUCAGCCUGGUGUUACUGGACUGCUUUCUAACUGGGAGUGACCACCAUCAUCAGCUGAACUGCUCCUGAUUAACGCACUGCAGCGAGCAUCCUGUGGAGGACCAGUGUCAUAUCGUGAAAGACAAGUCUGCUCUGUUUUGCAUCUUUUUUGAACUGCCUCUCCCUCCUCCCAUCUUACACGGACACCACAACUGAUGUCAAACCCAUUGGCAAGCAAACAUUUCAUCUGAGCGAGUGAAGACUCCUCUUAAAAGAAAACGACAAGCCAGCAGACAUUUUCUUGUCAGGUACGGAGGCUCGAGGCGGAUAAACCUUUUAUUUUUGAAUGUCCUAAAUCAUGAACUGGAACGGGAGUUUCAGGAUGCAAAGUGUGGACACAUGUAAACACACAAGCGUAGACAAAAAAGAAGGUAUAUGCAUGAGCAUGCACAAACCCUGACGUCACACCUGUGCUAUAACUCAUAGCCAUAUCUGAUUGCCUUACUCUGGUGUGUUCAAACCAGACGUCAACAGUCUAAUGUUAAAAGGAAAGUCAAGGUAGCUACUGAACACUAUGCGCCAUAUUGAUUUAGUAUUCAGGUGAUCAGGUGAUCCCUUGUCAGAGAGACCGAUGUCAGUAUAACUCAACGAUGGCUUGAUCCUUUUUAUAACAUGAUUUUACUUUUUGAAUUGAUUUAGACAAACAAUUUACACCCUAUUUCAAGUUGAGGGAUGGCACAGUGGGAAAGUGGGAAAUACAGUCAUCUCACAGGUAUCCGGUUUGAAUCCCAGCUUAGCCAGGGUCCUUCUGUGUGGAGUUUGUGUCUGUGUGGGUUUUCUUUGGUUUCCUCUGACAGCCCCAAAGACAUGCAGGUUAAUGGAGACUCUGAUGAGCUGUAGUGAGUGUGAGUGGUUGUUGUCUCUGUAUGUUGGCUCUGCGAUACCCAACUAGCGUGCACCCCAGCUCCUGCCCAAUGUGAGCUGGGACUGGCUCCAGCCGCCCUAUGACCAUCAAAGAAUCAGCGGGAUGGAUAAAGGACGGAUGGAUGGAUAGAUUUUCAGUUGACAAAUAUUAACUCAUCCCAUAAAAUUGGGCCACAAAGUAAAAUCAGCAGCUACUGGAUAUUUUUUGUGAAACUGUGGCUAUUUUUCCUCAGCCUGAAAAAUGUUGCCAACAAUGACUUAAUACACCGUUUGACCACUGGGUGGUGACAAAACAUAUACUAUUUAGCCAGCUGAAAGUUAACUGUGUGAAAGUUAGUCCUGCUCCCAGAUGAUGGCUUUUUUUUUCUUUUUUUUCUCCUGUCUUUGUUCGUUUUCAUUUUGUUUUGUGAGGAAGCCUCAGCACUUUAGCUCCCAGUGUAUUUACCUGAGGUGCAACUUACGGUGUUGGCCAAGACAUGUUUCACUGUGUUCAUCGAGCAGGGACACACACACACACACACACACACACAAACAGACAGUAUUCGUUUGUUCCGUCUGACUUUUAUCACAAACUAAAGAUGUCUCACAUGAACCAAAGCUAGUGUAAAAAUAAAUCAUUAAUAGUUAGAUGAAUGUACUUUUUUUAAAUAUGUAGGCAGUUUAUGCAGAUUAAGUGUAUUCUUAAGUAACUUGUAAAUAACAAAUUGUAAAUGUGUAAAAAAAUAUAUUCAAUCAUAAGAAAAAAUAUAUAUACACCAAUAGUGACAUGCACACAAAUGCCCAAACUAGAUAUAACAAGUAAACUAACCUUAAUGUGUGUGCAUGUGUGACUUCAGUGCCGUACGCAGUGUGUGUAUUCACGAGUGAAUUCCUUGGCUCCGGUGAGAAGGUUGCCGCUCCGUUGUUUGCUCUGCAGUGCUGAGGUUCCACCCGGAGGAAGUCACGUCACGUAUCUCUUUGGAAUAACGGCAUGCCUUACUGGAAGACAAACGGCAACUGAUCUCACAUCAGUCUAGUCUAUUUUGUCAAAGUAGAUUGAAGUCUAUAAUAUGCAGAUUGUUAAAGGGGUUAGGUUCGAAUGCUGCUGCUCAAUAGGCAGCUCUGUGUGCAUGCUUUGUGUGAUUGGUUUUAGUUGGACUCCUAUUAACAGGCUAGUAAUGUUAUAAUUCAUUUGGUUUUAGUUGUGUCCCUUUUUGCCUUGUAGACAUUAGUUAAAGAACAGUGCAUAUGAGCAGAAAAGGAAAACAUCAAUCAUGGAUGUACAUGACAUCCCUGUCGCUUUGAAACCUGACAAUACAUUUACCAGCAUCUUCUUUCCCCCCCUCGGACACUUUGCCAAUAAUUGUCUCUGGCCGUGUCGUCGGUGCUGCCUCUGGGUGGAAGGGCAAAUCCAAAUGAGAUGAUGGAGCCAUUAUGGAGACAGCCAUCAAGUGGUUCUGAAAGCUAUUUCAGAAAAUCGUCACGGCUCAGGGAUAUUUCAAGACACAGAAUUACUGGGAGAAGGACGAGCGCAGAGUAAUUAGGGGAUAAAACCAGUUGUAGCUGCGAGACACAACACCACGAGCGCUGGUUCGGAGCUGAAGGAGAUGCCUCGUCUCAUGAUUAAUGUCUCAGCUCUAGUCCCGGUUUUGUCUUGACAUGAGAGAUGCACCAGAGUGAAUGGGAGGAACAAACUGGGGCAACUUCAAGCCACUGGGUUUGUAGCAUAAUGCUGAAACACUCAAGUGUUCACAUGCAUACAACGUCAUGAAGUGCGCUUGGCCAACAACAUCACUAACAUGCAUUAACUCUACCUUCAAAACAGACACAAUAUUGUGUCACGUUUUCUAUUGUCUACUUCAGCUCCUGUAUUUCUUUUCAGCUUUUAGUAUUUACCAUUUAUCCUUUUGGUUUUCAUUCAGCCACUGUGUAUGAAAGAAGCUGAGAUCAAAUUGAAGAAUAAUGUAAAAUACAUGAAAUUAAUCAAAUAUAUUGACAGAAAUGACAAAUGAAUAAGGUUAUUCUCAUAUCUCGUGGAUAUUAGAUACAAAGGAUUAAAUAUAGACUUGUUAAACCCUCUAACUACCUCACACCUCAAACUAAAAUAUGUAUAUUAUCUAUAUUAUUAUCAUGUACUAUGGUGACCCCUCUGUUGCUACGGCAACUCCUCAUGCAAUCCAUAAAGUAAUGCCUUUGUUGAGCAUUAUGGAUGUUUAACUGUUCGCCUGACAAACCCCAGCUCCCAUUUCUUACAAAGAGCACGAGCUGAGAUUUCAGCUCCUGUAGAUUUCAGACCAAGAAUCCAGAAACCACCAGGUCCACAGAACCUGCUACAGGAAGGAUGUCAGCUCACAAAAAGUAAUAACAUAGAAUAACUGAGGUCUCAAAACUAUAUGUUGAUACAAAACCUUUACAAAUGAAGUUCUUGCCCAUACCACUACCCCGACCUUCAGGUUUUCAGUGUCCUCGUCCAGCACCCAGCCGCAUGCACCCUCCCCUCCCUCCCCCAACGCCUGCACGGUGUCGAAAUAAAUUAGAACAACUUGACAUCAUGUAUACAGAAUUGAUUUCAAAGUUUACCUUUUUUUGUUUUUAAAUCUAAAAAAUUUGGGUUUGUGAAAUUAAAGGAACAUUUCUUUAUUCAUUGAAAACAGUUAACAAGUGUCUAAUUUUCAGAACGUCGGACCCAUGAAUGAAUGAAGAGAUGAUGAUGAUGAUGAUGAAGGAGGCAUGAAAAUCCAAAAUGUAAAUAAAUGAUUAUAAAACAAAUGUU